GGUCCCGAGAAACCGGAAGGAUGGCGCUGAAGCGAAUCCAGAAGGGCCUGUUCACCUGAUCACCUGUUACUUCUGCUCUUACUGCUUCAGAGAAUCCAGGUUUGAUUCCUGAGUUGAUGCUUGUAAAUUGCUUGUGCACCUACAUGGAGGCACUGGAAACCACUAGAUGGAGUCUACCUGCAGCUGCUCUGAGUUCCAAGCUCAGUUGGCCCCUCUCCAAGAUGGCUACCAGCCAAUCACCCUCUCCUGGGAACUAACCGACUUGCAGCGGGAUCCUCCCGCCCAGUGCUCCGCAGGACCUGUGGGUGAUGAUUUGUUCCACUGGCAGGCCACCAUCAUGGGCCCGAAUGACAGCCCUUACCAAGGAGGUGUCUUCUUCCUGACCAUCCACUUUCCUACCGAUUACCCGUUCAAGCCCCCAAAGGUUGCUUUCACAACCAAAAUCUAUCACCCCAAUAUCAACAGCAGUGGCAGCAUCUGCCUGGACAUCCUGCGGUCACAGUGGUCUCCAGCACUGACUGUGUCCAAAGUUCUCUUGUCCAUCUGCUCUCUGCUCUGCGACCCCAACCCUGAUGACCCUCUGGUGCCAGAAAUAGCCCACACCUACAAGGCCGACAGAGAGAAGUACAACAGACUAGCACAAGAGUGGACGCAGAAAUAUGCUAUAACUCAGAGCUGUCCCGGGUGCCCAGAGCAGAAUGGCUUCCUUCAUAUCCCGUCAGCCACAGAACCAUGUCCUGAGGAGUCUGCCUGCAUCCUGGAGGCUCCUGGGCAUUGGGACAGGGUCACUGGAAGACAGAGGCCUCCUUCUGCAGCUUCUGCUGUCUUCCGCUGCCUUCCUCUGUGGGGCCACGUGGUGCAUUACUCUCCUCACACAAAGAAGCAGCGAGUGGAAGAUACCAGGAUAUAAAGUAUAUAACGCUCCAUGAGAGAUGACUGUCAUUUUUAGAAGCAAGAGUAAAAUUAUGAAACCUGGAAAGAUUUGGAUGAUUCUGUUCUAUGUGAUGAGAGUUCCCCCACCCCUACCUCCUCCUGCCAGGAAUCUACACAAAGUCCAAGUGUAAGCCAUUCACAGAGGAAAACACAAAUAGCAGAAGAGACUUUCAAAUGUAAAUAAAUGCAAUUUCCUCAACUCAA